AUGAAGGUGCUGCUCGUCUUGGUUGCACUGUCUGUGGCCGUUAUCGGCAAGGAGACCUUUGAGGGGCACCAGGUGCUUCGUAUCACUGGGAAGGAUGAGUUCCAGCACUCUCUCCUGAAGGACAUGGCUGAGAUGGAACAUCUCCAGCUGGAUGUGUGGAUGGAGCCCAUUGACCUCUCCACUCCUGUGGACAUCAGAGUUCCCUUCACCAGCCUGCAGACCGUCAAGGCCUUCCUGGAGACUGAAGACAUCCCGUACUCCAUCAUGAUCAAGGACCUACAGGUUAUGUUGGACGAGGAGAAGGAGCAGAGGCUGAGUGCUGCACGUGCCACUGAGCCCAGAACCACAGAUGAGUACAACUACACCAACUACCACAACGGGGAUGAGAUCUACAGUUUUCAGGACAUGCUGGUGGCUGAGAACCCCAAACUGGUCAGCAAGAUCGUGAUUGGUCAGAGCUAUGAGGGCCGCCCUCUGAAUGUGCUCAAAUUUAGCACUGGUGGCACCAACCGUCGUGGCAUCUGGAUUAACACUGGAAUCCACUCCAGAGAAUGGAUCACUCAGGCUAGUGGCACCUGGUUCGCCAAGAAGAUUGUGACUGACUACGGACAUGACGCCGCACUCACUGCCAUUCUGGACAACAUGGAUAUCUUCCUGGAGAUUGUGACCAACCCAGAUGGCUACAACUACAGCCACAAAACUAACCGUAUGUGGCGUAAGACCAGGAAGCCAAACCCUGGCUCUUCUUGUGAUGGAACUGACCUCAACAGGAACUGGGAUGCUGGUUUUGGAACCGCUGGCUCUAGCGGUAACCCCUGCGAUCAGACUUACCGCGGGCCCAAGGCUCACUCAGAGUCUGAGGUCAAGUCCAUCGUGGACUUUGUCAAGUCUCAUGGCAACCUGAAGGCCUUCAUCGACAUCCACAGCUACUCCCAGAGGCUCAUGUACCCCUACGGCUACACUGCAACCCCUUGCAACGACCAGAGAGAACUGCACGACCUGGCUAGGAAGGCCAUCACUGGCCUGGCUAGCAUGUACGGAACCUCCUUCAGAUACGGCAGCGUCAUAACCACCAUAUACCGAGCCAGUGGCAUCAGUAUUGACUGGUCCUACAACCAGGGCAUCAAGUACUCCUACACCUUCGAGCUGAGAGACACCGGUCGCUAUGGUUUCAUCCUGCCAGCCAAUCAGAUCAUCCCUACUGCCAAGGAGGCUUGGCUAGCUCUGAUGGCCAUCAUGGAGCACACCAAGGACAACACCAACUAGAGGGGUCACCAUGACAACUACAGUAUACUGUCCAGAUGAACCAAUUGUAUAUCUCUCUUUGAUACGGUCAUGUGAAUGCCUGUGUAAAACAAAGUUGUUUGUCUAUACUGUUGUAGAUAUACAGUAUCUAGCUCAAGCUGAUUAUACCAUCCAGUCCACAAGAGUGCACUAGAAAUCACAUCAGUAAAAUGCUCAACAAAAUGACCAGUUCACAUCAGAAUAUACAUUG